UAUUAAAAAGGAUUAAUGUAUCGGAACUUUUGAUUGGGCUACUUAAUUAUGUUCAUGCAAGAUGGCAGCCUCCACAACAUCAAGCACAAAACAGAAACUAUUAUCCCUGAUUGAAGAUGUAGAAAUUGUUUCCAGGGAGCUAUUUGAGAUUAUGAGUACACCAAAAAGUCAGCAAAGGCAAGGAGCACCAGAGCCAUCAGAAUUAAUACAACUUCUUGUGGAUAAAGAUAAAGAAAUUAAAGACUCUAUCAAAACAGCUGGAAAGCAAGGUGAGGUUCAGAAGACAAUAGAUGAAUUGAAGCAUGAAGUAGAUAAGAGAGAUUUGGAUAUCAAAAUACUUCAGAAAAACCUCAAAGAGGCUGAAAAUGUUUUGUCAACAGCUAUUUUUCAAGCAAAGCAAAAGUUGGACUCUAUAAGCCAGGCCAAUGAGAAGAGAAUCUCAUCAGAGGAAUUGAUCAAGUUUGCACAUAGGAUCAGUGCUAGUAAUGCAGUUGAAGCGCCACCUACCUGGCAACCUGGUGACCCAAGACGUCCAUAUCCUACAGAUUAUGAGAUGAGGAGUGGGUGGUUAGCAAAAAUGAGUGACAUUCCAGCCAGCACACCAGCAUUACAAGCCCAGGGCUCAUAUGGGGAACCCAUGGCAUCAAACAGGAAUCAGCUUCCUGGAGACAUGGCAGUUCCAGCACCACCACAGCAACAAACGGUCACAUGGCAGACUCCCUCAGACAUGACCUCCUCCAUAUCUUCACACCCUCACACGGGUCUCGUAGACUUCAAGGGACAUAAUAAAGAAAAUGAAGAAGUUGAACUUAUGUCUAGUGACUCCUCAAGCAGUUCAAGUAGUGAUGAAUGAGUCUGUACAAUACAGUGUCAGUGUAGUUCAAGAGGAGAGGAAUGUCAGUGUACAUGUAUAUCAAGUGGUGAUGAAAGAGCUUGUACAUUAAAAUGUCAGUGUAAUUAUAGUGAUGACGAGUUAGCUAGUUUGACACACAUUGUGACACAAAGACAUUGUGCCUUGAAAAGUAACCUUUCCAGCCAAUAGUGUUUAGCGAGCUGGUCCAUCAUUCAGAGAGGAAAGGUCCAUUUAUGGAUAACUGGUGCAGUAUGGGGUUUAACCUGUCUUAAACAUGGGACAAGAUUCUUUAUAAAGAAUCUCAAGGUUACAGGAUGUUUACACAUAGGCCUUUGUUGAAAAGAAUUUCAUCUUUACUGACAGAGGGAUCAAUUGUAGCCCGAAGUUCCAAAAUAUAUACAAAUACUGUGGCUCACCUCAAGUGAAGGUUUGAAUUGAUUUGAUUCUGUCGACAGAGAUGCAAUGUGAAAAAAAUGUAUUGCGGAAGGAAUUAUCAGUUAGAGAGCCAGUCUGGUUAGCUCACUAAGUAGAGUGAAAUGUUCUUGAUUUAGAGCUGGUAAAGUGUAAUCUUUGGUGAGACAAAUGUUCUAUGUGACAGUUUGACAGAAGACAAUUAUUAUCCAAUGUCAUUUAACUUUUACCUCUGAGGCAGGGUUUCAUUAAGGGAAGGGGAACGUGGAUUCCCCUACUAUAGCUGUUGGAAUCUCUGGUUACUUUUCCUGUAACAAAUAAAGUUCUGAGUGGGAGAACCCCAAACCAUACCCUUCUCUGCAGUUUCCACAUUCAUCUUUAGUAAUGAAGGCCCUGCACUCUGAUUCAUGUUGGGGUGGUCUUUGUAGACGAUAGAUAUUUGUCAAUACUGACAUAUUAUCCAGAAAUAAAGGAUAGGUUAACUGCCUGACACAGCAGAACUUCAGCUGGAAAAUGGCUUUAAGCAAACAGUAGAGUUUCUGUUCUAUUUGUAAUUUUGUAAUUUAUUGUUUAUGACUGAAUGCUGUAAAGGAGGGUCAAAAUAGGAAUUUUUUAAAUUUUUCUACUGUUGAUUGGGUAUUAUUUGUGAUGGUUUGUUUUCAGUAAUGUUCACAAUUAAUGCCACUUGCAAAAUGAAAAUAUUCAUGAAUAAAAAUCUACACUAUGUCCUAAAAUACAAACACUCGUGUCUCCCAAAUUCUUCAAACCACAAAGAAGCUGCUAAAUGUGAACUUUUAAAUAAAGUCUACACAUUUUUGGUAAAUGUAUGUUGACUGACUGCUCAAAAGCAAGAGAUCUCAACGAAUUGAUCUAAUAAGUAAUUUUUAGUUAAUAAACAGAUCUUUUGAUCAAAGUUGGGAAUUUGAUAGAGAGGUGCAUAAUUUGAAAGAGAUAAUGUUUGCUUUUAAUUGGUAUGGACCAGUUGUUUGUAAUGUAAUAGAUUGUAUAAAGUGGCAAAGCAGUUUUGGAAAUUCUGACGGAAAUUUUUACUCUAAUCUGCUUGUCAGCAUUAAAAGCUCAUAAUGCCUUUACUUUAAAAUGUGGCUGCCACAUUUUCCGCUAUGAACAUAAAAUAUUUUAAUUUCUUGUUAAAUCCUAUUUCCGAUAUUAAAUUAUUUUCUCUAAUAUUUGUCAGUUUUGAAUAUUGAUGAACAUACUGCAGUAUUUUAUUGUAUCUAUUGUUUUUGAUUACCUCCCUUUAUGACUAACUGUGAAAGUUCAUGUACCUUAUGAAAAGAAGCACUCAUAAAGCCAAGUCAUUAUGCAUAACAUCUAUUUGGAAAGCUAUUCAUCUGUUUAAUACAUAAAAAUUAAAGCUUUGUGAAACUUCAAGAACAUUGCAAACAUGCUGGAAUGGAAAAUGUGCGAAGAAGAAAGAUGUCCAUAAUUUAAGAAAAUAGAAAUGUUACAAAUUGCAAUGCCAUCUAUAUAGUUCAUAUGCAUUGAAAGACAUUUGAACUGAAUAAAAAAAUAAAAUUUUAA